GGCUUGAACGAGACGGUUUGCUACUUCUCGGCAGCAACGAGCAAAGUGGACAUAGAAGCAGAUAUUAAAGCAUUAAAGCAGAGCCAAGUGAAGGCAGAGAAAAUCUCACCAAAUACAAAUUUGUGCUGUCAAGUGUUGCGCGGUUGAGAGGCGUUGCAGUGGCCCGUGCCCAAGUGUGAAGUGUGUUCAAACUUAAAUUCCCGUUCUUUCGAUAUUGAAAAUCAGUGGGAAUUGAGUGAGAUGUGAUUUGGAGGCUUCUUCGCCAGACUACGUCAAUAGUGCUGUUGGGCGAUGAGCAAGUGGUGGCUAAGUGGAAAUAAGCGAUAAGUGGUCGAGUUAAAAGGGCAAGGCGAAAUAGCGCCAUUGCAAGGAUAAGUGAAAAUCGUAAUCAAAGCUCAAGUUUACCGCUCAGUGUUCAGAGCAAGCGACGUAUGUGUAUCUGUGUUAGUCCCCUUAAUAAUCUGGUAUCGUCUAGAGAAUAAAUUCCAAACCGCGGAGGCGCAUAAAUUUUAAUUAAACACCCAAGCGCGUCCCUUAACAGCCAUUCGAGCUUUCCGCGCCUCAGCUCACGGUUUCCGUCAUCCAAUCAGCGUCAGCAUCAGCAAUAUCCGUUGUGAUAGUGAAAAACAGAACGAAGAUCCGGAACGUGCAACUGGGGAAACAGUGAAAUCAGAGUCACCAUAAAUUUCGAAAAAUUUCCUAUGAAUUCUCUCUGUGUUGAGUGCUUCCUAUGAAUUCUAUGGUAUGAGUAGAACAGCAUAAUAAUUCAUUAGUGCUUUAAAUAAGAAAAGGAAACAUGUCAAAAAUUCAAAAGCUCACGUUUAAGUGUGUGAGUAUCUCGCAUGUGUAAAUUUAAGAAUUUCGAGUAAAAUUAAGAAAAAAAUCCAAAUAGUUUAAUUAAAGCAACGAAUGCCGCUUGCAAUUGGAACAUUUUUAAGCUAGACAAAAUGUGCAAUUGCCACGGCGAGUCUCCACGAGUUCAGCACCAAAGUGCCGAGCGGCCUUUUGCAUCCAGCGAAGCGUGUUGCUGUCGGUCGCGCAGCUGCGCCCGUGAAUAACGUACGGCGGGAUCCCUCGCUCACACACAAUCACUACACCGCCACAAAUACAACAAAAACAACAACAGAGAACAAGAAAUGUGCUCUUUGCUCUCAGGAAGUAAGUGAGUUGCAAACCUUUAAAAACGGAUGAGGAAGUGAGAGGUGCUUGUCGGCGGAGCAACAGUUAAACCACAACACAACGCGCCUAAAAGCCGGCAACACUACAAAGUUUAUUGGCACGAAAAAUCAAAACGACAGAAAAACCACAAACACCGUUAGGCGAGGUAAAUGCCAAGGAAAAGUGAGCUUAAGAGUGCGGAACCAAAGUGGUGAGCAAUCAAAACACCAGAAAAAGUAGCAAAAAGACAGGAGAAGAGUGUAAAGGACCGUAUGCGAACGGCGAGCAAUUGAGAAAAAACAGACGAAAACACUCGAACCGGCGUUUAAGUGCAAUAGCGAUAGAAAGAGCAACAACAAACAAAUAGACGGCAACAAAACUGCAACAGAGCAAUUGCAACAUCAAUAACGCAAUCAACAACAGCAACAACGUAGCGUCGAAACUCUAACUUACAGACUGCUUUCACCCACACUUUCAAACGCCAACGAACGGAGCCACAACAAAAAGAACAAGAAGAGUGUUGAAAAAAUAUAUGUUGUUGUCUGAGGACUUCAAGAUUACUCAAAAGUGGCAAUUAAACAAUCUAACAAUUUAACAAACACUACCCUAUAAAUAACUGUACAUACAGUCAACACAAGAAACAAUUCAAAAUUCAGUUAAACUGUACAAAUGAAUUUGAUUGUGGCCACAAUGAAUUUCCUGAAAGCAAGCAGUCAUCAAACGGCGACCAUCACUCACACCGCUCUCGGCUGGUUGCUGCUGGGUCUUGGAUUGAUCAUUUCAUUGCCUGUUUGCACAGCUGGCCCGCAUGAGAAACGCCUUCUACACGCCCUGCUCGACAACUACAACAGUCUGGAGCGACCCGUCGUAAACGAAUCCGAUCCACUGCAGCUGAGCUUCGGGCUGACGCUAAUGCAAAUCAUCGAUGUGGACGAGAAGAAUCAAUUGCUAAUAACAAAUAUUUGGCUCAAAUUGGCACGAUGAGGGUUUCGACGGCACCUGCGCCACCAAUAUUGUGGUUUGGAAUAACGGCUCGUGUCUGUUGUGCCGCCUGGAAUAUUUAAGUCCACCUGCAAAAUUGACAUCAUGUGGUUUCCAUUCGACGAUCAGCGUUGUCAAAUGAAAUUCGGCUCCUGGACAUACCAUGGCUUACAGCCAGACAACCGAGCUGAACAAUCUCUAUUGGAGGCCAACUACUUCUCUGAUCAGCUAUUAUUCACCUAAUAAGCAAUAAAGAGACUCUGAAUUAAUUGCAGAAAACAGUUUAAAUUCACAUCUGUUUGGGUCAGACUACCAUAGAGAUAUGGCGACCAAGCACUAAGGCAGAGAUUCACACAACGAGGUGUGCCCCAUGGGAAGACAAAAUUCAGGAAUUUGCAGUUACCGACAGGUCUUUAAUAAAGGAUUAGGUCGCACUGGUAAUUGGGUGUUUGCGGAUAAGAUUUAGCAUUUUGCUCUGAGAAUCUUAAUACC